UACUUAAUGAUAAAGUUCUUGUGCACGAGGCAAGAGACUGCAGAGCGAUUGGGUGUUCAAGGCCUGAAUGUUCUUGGGUAUCUUCGGCCUAUGCGAGAGGAGCCCAGUAGGAGCAUGAACUGCUUGCAGUGCAAGAAGGUGGAUGAUGACACAGUUUGUGGCACAACUCUUCUCCUGAAGACACUUCACUUCAUCCAGCAGCUUGCCCAGGACCUGGUUCAACAGAAAGACAGUGGAUUAAAAUACAAGUCAUUUUUAGAUUUCACAGGCCUUGAUUUGCAGCUGUUCUGGAAUUUUUACAAUAAGCUUCACCAAAACCCGAGGGAAGAAUGCAUCUUUGCUCAAACAGUGCUAUUGCAGCUUCUCCAGAGCUGCUUCUCUGUGCUUACUGGAGACAGUAAAACUGGUAAGCCUCAAGAAACUUCUCAAAGCAAAACACCUGGUCAUACAGAAGCCGCAGAAGAGCUUUACAGACACUUGUGUGAAGUAGUGGACACGGGGGACAGUAACUUCAUGCCAAUGAAAAUGCUGAAACAGGAAGUUAAGAACACAUUACUCAGUGGAGCUGCAAUCUUUUUCCCAGAUAGACAAACCAGGCGUCACCAGCUCUUCACCAUGAUGGUAAACGAUGAAAUGAGAAAAUGGUUGUUUGGUGCUCACUUUU